AUGCGUGUCGUGAUAGAAUUGGCUGGGUUUUUCGGGAUUCCCCCUGAGGGAUCUGACCCGGAGGUGGUCAUCUUCGGCGAAAUCGAAGCCGCGAUCCGCGUUGACUUGGUUAAGCGAGGUUGCCUCACGGCUCGCUCUAAUUCCUUCACUCAAGGCGACAAGAGCAGCCAUAGUCGCGGCGAGUGA